GCCCGGAGCGGGCGCGCGGAGGUUUCGGUCCCGGCGGCGGCGGCGGCGGCUUCUCCUCCGACCUGGAGCAGCCCUGCCCAGCCCAUGGAGGCGGAAGACGUGGCCCGAGGGGCGGCCCCAGGGCCCCUCCGGCUGGUGCCCAGCAUCAUCGGGGCGGAGGAUGAGGACUUCGAGAAUGAUCUGGAGACCAAUUCUGAGGAGCAAAACAGCCAGUUCCAGAGCCUGGAGCAGGUGAAGCGGCGCCCGGCCCACCUCUUGGCCCUCCUGCAACAUGGGGCCCUGCAGCAGUUUGAGCUGGGACCCCUGCUCUGCAGCUUGCACGCGGACAUGCUGGGCACCCUGGGCCCCAAAGAGGCCAAGAAGGCUUUCCUGGACUUCUACCACAGCUUCCUGGAGAAGACAGCGGUUCUGCGGGUGCCGGUGCCUCCCAGUGUUGCCUUUGAACUGGGUAAGGAGUCGAGGGAUGGGGGUCUCCACUCCCAUGAUCCCCCUCCGCAGAGCAAGCCCUCCCUUCCUUCCUGGCGGCCCGCGAGACCCGCUGUCUUUCGCUAG